GACGUCGAUUUUCCACGCCGGGAAGAAGCUGGCGUGUGGAGUUUUCUCAGUACGACUCUUCCGCUGCGUGGUCCAGCACUAUGAAGGAAACGCCGCUCUCCAACUGCGAGCGCCGCUUCUUGCUCCGCGCCAUUGAGGAAAAGAAGCGGCUGGAUGGCAGACAGACCUAUGAUUACAGGAAUAUCAGGAUCUCAUUCGGAACAGAUUAUGGAUGCUGUAUUGUAGAACUUGGGAAAACAAGAGUUCUUGGACAGGUUUCCUGUGAACUUGUUUCUCCAAAACUCAAUAGGGCAACAGAAGGUAUUCUGUUUUUUAACCUUGAACUUUCUCAAAUGGCUGCUCCAGCUUUUGAGCCUGGCAGGCAGUCAGAUCUCCUGGUGAAGCUGAAUCGACUCUUGGAAAGGUGUCUAAGAAAUUCAAAGUGUAUAGACACUGAAUCUCUCUGUGUUGUUGCUGGUGAAAAGGUUUGGCAGAUACGUGUAGACUUACAUUUAUUAAAUCAUGAUGGAAAUAUUAUUGAUGCUGCCAGUAUUGCGGCAAUCGUGGCCUUGUGUCACUUCCGAAGACCUGAUGUCUCUGUCCAAGGAGAGGAAGUAACGCUGUAUACCCCUGAAGAGCGUGACCCUGUGCCAUUGAGCAUCCACCACAUGCCCAUCUGUAUCAGUUUUGCUUUCUUCCAGCAAGGAACAUAUUUAUUGGUGGACCCUAAUGAGCGAGAAGAACGAGUAAUGGAUGGCUUGCUGGUGAUUGCCAUGAAUAAACAUCGAGAAAUUUGUACUAUUCAGUCUAGUGGUGGGAUAAUGCUGCUCAAAGACCAGGUUUUGAGAUGCAGUAAAAUAGCUGGUGUGAAAGUAGCAGAAAUUACAGAGCUAAUACAGAAAGCUUUGGAAAAUGACCAGAAAGUUAGGAAAGAAGGUGGAAAGUUUGGCUUUGCAGAGUCUAUAGCAAAUCAAAGAAUCACAGCAUUUAAAAUGGAGAAGGCCUCUGUUGAUACCUCCAACAUAGAGGAGAAAGCAGAAGAAAUUAUUGCUGAAGCUGAUCCUCCUCCAGAAGUUGUUUCUAAACCUGUGCUGUGGACUCCUGGAACUGCCCAGAUUGGAGAUGGAAUAGAAAACUCCUGGGGUGACCUUGAAGAUUCUGAGAAGGAAGAGGAGGAAGAAGAUGGCAUUGAUGAAGCUGUUACUCUUGAUGAUACAAAGAUGGACACUGGAGGAGUAUCUGAUACUGGAAAUCAAGGUGCCCCUAUAGUGCUGUCAGAUAGCGAAGAAGAAGAAAUGAUCAUUUUGGAACCAGACAAGGAUCCAAAGAAAAUAAGAGCUCAGACCACCAGUGCAAAAGAAAAGGCACCAAGUAAAAGUCAAGUGAAAAGGAGGAAAAAGAAGAGAACUGCUAAUUAAAGCUAAAAUGAUAUUUUUGUAUAUAUAUAAAACUACUAAAAGGAUAUUUAUUCAGUGCUUUAACAGCCCUGGGUAUUUUUUUAUUUGAAAAUCCAUUAUAAGAGCUGAAUUGUUCAUAAAUUGUUUUGUCUUUUUGUCUUUAACAUUAUGUUUUGAAUAAACUUUCUGUACAACUUUCCUGUUGCACAAAGUCUUCCUAAUCCACGUAUUUGUAAAAGUUGAUAAAUAAGUAGAGCUGAGUGAGUCUGGGGAGUCUCUGCUACACUGAAGAGUCUAGUUUUGCUUAUUUUAUGACCAAGUCGGCAAUUUGGUUCAGUUGCCUAGAAUAUUCAAUGUCAGAAUUUGAAGGUCAGUUUUCCUGAAAUAUUUCAGUUUUAGGAAGCUUUUUCUAUCCCCACUGAACAAUAAACCAAGUUAGCCUUUCUAAGUGACAUUAUCAGUCUUAUUUUUAUCUCAAAUUAACUUUGACUUGCAAAGAUUUCCAAAUCAAUUUAUUCUUAUCCUGACAGUUGGCAGCACCAAAUGUUAACAAACCAAUUAAAAUUAGCCAAAUAUCUAAGAUAGACACAUGUACAAAAGAUAUACAAAUUAAAACCAUUUAAAAAGCAAUGGAUACCAUAAUUUGUCUGUGGCUAUACCAUCUACAUUAUGAAAUGAUUUGUGAAAUUAAAACCCAAGAUAAAAACUGUA